AUGCCGACCAUUACAACCGACUACAUCAGUGUCGGAGGCAAUCGGCACCCAGGCGCCGCCGACUGGGAUGUGUCAUCGGGCGUGCUGGCCUUCGGUGCCGACAACAACGUCGCUUUAUGGGACCCUUCAGAAACCACCCAGCGCGGUGUCUACGCUUUGCUCCCUGGCCAUACCGACAAAGUCAGUGUGGUUAGAUUUUACACAUGCCCCUCCGGCACGAGAUUCCUCCUGACCGGCUCUGUCGACCACACAAUUCGAGUAUGGCGCAGUGAAACCAGCGACCCGCGCCAAUACACCCAUGUCUCUACUCUUGAAGGCCAUACGGGCUCGGUCAAUGCGAUAUCGGUGGCCGACGGCACAAACAUUGUUGCGUCCGGGGCAGCAGAUGGCACGGUUCAGAUUUGGAGGAUCAAUGCACAGGACCAACUGAAGUGCGACCUGGUUGAAACGAUAACUAUGAAACCUCGCUUCUUUCCAUUGUCACUGUCCCUGCGAGUACUCCAGGGCGACACGACCAAGUCUCUGGUGUUGGCUGUUGCGGGCACUACGACUACAGUACAGAUAUAUGUGGCCGAUUCACGCACUGAAAAGCCGGGGUUUCAACGCUGCGCCAUUCUUACGGGCCAUGAAGCGUGGGUCAGGUCACUGUCCUUCACAAAUGACAAGCAAAGCGGCACCGAUGACCUCCUGCUUGCCUCUGCAAGCCAGGACAGAUAUAUUCGGCUUUGGCGGCUCCGUCGGGGCGAAGCCAAAGUACCUGCCCCGAUAGAUGAUGCCGACCCUCUGUUGGGUGGCAUGGAACCAACCCUAUCGAACAAGGCCCACGAAUUUGAAGCAGCUGGGUCGAAAUACUCCAUCACUUUCGAGGCUCUUCUUUUUGGAAAUGAGGACUGGAUUUAUACCGCUGCAUGGAACCCUAAUCCGAAGCGAUUACAGCUCCUCUCUGCUUCUGCGGACAAUACUGUCACGAUCUGGGAACAAGACCCAGUAUCGAGUGUAUGGAUGUCUACGGAGAGAAUGGGGGAGAUUAGUGUGCAAAAGGGAUCGACCACAGCCACAGGCAGUGCAGGUGGCUUUUGGAUUGGACUCUGGUCACCCGAUGGACAAGUGGUGGUGAGCCUGGGUCGGACAGGCAGCUGGAGAGUCUGGCGAUAUGACUCUAAUGCGGAUGUCUGGGUCCAGAAAUUUGGUAUCUCGGGCCAUGUUCGCCCGGUCAAUGGUAUAAAAUGGGAGCCCACGGGCGGUUAUCUGCUCUCAACCAGCGCAGAUCAAACCACCCGGCUUCAUGCUCAAUGGGUACGCGAAAAUGUAUCGUCGUGGCAUGAAAUGUCUCGUCCACAAAUCCAUGGAUACGACUUGAACUGCAUCGACACGCUGGGGCCAUCUCAGUUUGUGUCAGGUGCCGACGAGAAACUUUUGCGGGUGUUCAACGAGCCCAAACCGAUUGCUCAGAUGCUUGAAAAUCUCACCGGCUUCCGACAAUCCAUCGAGGGUGAUCUCCCAGACACAGCUGAAAUUCCGGUUUUGGGUCUUUCGAAUAAACCUCUUGGUGACGAGGCCCCAGUGGAAGAAGACGAGUCCAAUGAGCUCGCAGCCGAAACACCGCCUACCGCGUCAGCUCUAUCAGUUACCAAGACCCCGCCGCUGGAAGAUCAAUUAGCUCGGUAUACACUGUGGCCCGAGCAUGAGAAGCUCUAUGGCCAUGGCUAUGAAAUCUCAGCGGUGGCCGUGAGCCAUGACCGAAGAAUCAUUGCCACUGCCUGCAAGGCCAGCUCCAUCGAUCAUGCCGUGAUUCGCUUGUAUGACACAUCGGACUGGCAUGAGAUUAAACCUUCUCUUACCGCACACUCGCUGACCAUCACGGAUCUUUCAUUCUGUGUCGAUGAUCGCUACCUUCUUAGUGUUGGCCGGGAUCGACAAUGGGCUGUUUUCCAGCGAAGUGAUCAGGACUCGACCACCUUUACCAAUUGGGCUUCAAACCCCAAAGGUCAUUCUCGAAUGAUCCUGGGGGCCGCCUGGGCCCCAGUAACUACAGAACAUGUUUUCGCCACAGCAGGACGGGACAAGUCCGUGAAAAUUUGGCACAAGACAGACGACUCAUUCGAGUGCAAGUCCACAAUAGCUGUGACAUCUGCGGUCACGGCCAUUGCUUUCUUGCCCACCACCUACCAGGGCUCAUUUACUCUUGCGGUAGGAGAAGAUAGUGGCAUUGUGUCCAUUCACCGGGUUUCUAUUGAAAGUUUCGAAACGCAACACUUGGUGACCAUUGACAAGUGGAUAGCGCCCUCGAGGGCGGUCACGCAGUUAUCCUGGCGGCCGGUAUCGGCUAAGGACUGCCAGAGUAGGGUUGAACUGGCAGUGGCAAGUGAGGACACUUCUGCUCGCAUAUAUGUCUUUCCAGACAUGUUUUCAUGA